GUUAAAGGAGCAUCUCAAAGCACUCCCUGGCGAAGACGAGAUGGUUUCAUUGCCGUACAAGGUGAGGGCGAUCGGCCAGAUCGAGUGCCUCGCCCUCACGGUGGGAGCGAUCCCCGUGGAGUGCGCUGCCCUCGUCGUAGAAGACAAUGAGAAACCUUUCUCCUUUGGGCUGCAGACACUGAAAUCUCUGAAGUGUGUCAUAAACAUGGAGAAGCACCAUCUCGUUCUGGGGAAGACGGACAGGGAAGAAAUCCCGUUUGUGGGCAGCGGCAGUGCUGCGGCGGGAGAGCGGCGCUGCGUGGGGCUCCUGCUCGCCGAGCACUGUGAAAAAGAGACAUGUCGACGGCUCCUGCCUCUGACUUAUGAAACCGGCAGGCGCUGG